UUUUAUCAAAUUUAAACUUUCAAAUGGAACAUGAAAUGCCAGAUGAAGCACAAGUUCCUUCAGAAUUGUCUGGAGGAAGGAGGAACCCGACCCAAUCUUCAGUAUUGCCUAGGUCAGGAAUGCCAUCUAGAGGAGAUAGAGAGAUAGAUCACCAUUCUUCCAGUUAUGCAACCCCUUCAGGCUCAUCUAACACUCAUCCCAGGUCUCAGUAUUAUGAAAAGUCUUUGCAUGCUGCAAGCAAAAGAGGAGCUACUAAGAGAAGAAGGAAGACAGACGAAGACAUCAUUAAGGAAACCAUGAGAAACAAGGAUCGCCUCCUUCUCUAUCUUGACAGGACUAAUUGGGUGUUCCAAGGAGAGUACUUUGAUCACUCAGUUGAUCUCUCCUUACAUUUUAAGGAAUAACUUCUUGAUAACGGGAAAACACUUGGUUCUCUAAAUAUAUUGAUUUA